CUACGAUCCAUCUCCUUUUUGAAUCAAAUAAAAUGAAAACUCUUGAUAAAAGACUGACAAAACAUCCAGACAAAAACACUCGCCCGAAAAAAGCAAAAACUUUUUCAGAGACCCAAACACAGCCUUAGUCAAGAGAUCGACAAGACUCCUGGUCCGAGACUCCCAGGCAAACACAUUUUCUCUCCAAAUCAAGACCGUUCCAUUCUCAGAUCACUUUCUCGCCACCGCAGACCGCCGCAUAGAGAGGAGAAAAAGACACGAUGAGGUCAACAAAGAGGCCGAUCCACGCCGUAUCGGUAUGGGUCAGGAGACAGCCGCCAAAGGUGAAGGCUUUCCUCGCCGUCGUCACCGGUAUGGCUGCGCUGGUGUUGCUUCGAGUCAUCGUGCACGAUCACGACAACCUUUUCGUCGCCGCCGAGGCUGUUCACUCCAUUGGAAUCUCCGUCCUCAUCUACAAGCUCAUGAAGGAGAAAACUUGUGCUGGACUCUCACUUAAAUCUCAGGAACUGACAGCUCUAUUUUUGGCUGUUAGGCUGUACUGCAGCUUUGUCAUGGAAUAUGACAUACACACCUUGCUUGAUAUGUGCACGUUGGCUACAACUCUAUGGGUUAUUUAUAUGAUUCGUUUUAAUCUAAAGUCAAGCUAUAUGGAGGACAAAGACAACUUUCCGAUAUAUUAUGUGGUGUUGCCCUGUGCUGUGUUGGCUCUGCUAAUUCAUCCAUCAACGUCGCAUCAUAUUAUCAACAGGAUUUUCUGGGCAUUCUGUGUUUAUUUGGAAGCUGUGUCCGUAUUACCCCAGCUGCGUGUCAUGCAAAAUACAAAGAUUGUUGAACCAUUCACAGCUCAUUAUGUGUUUGCCUUGGGAGUUGCAAGGUUCUUGAGCUGUGCUCACUGGGUUCUUCAGGUUUUGGACAGUCGUGGACAUCUGCUGACAGCUCUGGGUUACGGAUUAUGGCCUUCGAUGGUUCUCAUCUCCGAAAUUGUUCAAACUUUCAUACUAGCAGAUUUCUGUUACUACUACGUAAAAAGCGUUUUUGGAGGUCAGCUUGUGCUACGUCUUCCUUCUGGAGUUGUGUAACUGAGAAUUUCAAUCAUGCUGGCAUCAAGCGAUAAACACAUACUACCUGGUGCUGGUCAUUUUCUUACUUUUGUUAUGCACACAGUUCAUAUUUCAGGGUAGUCAAUCCUUGACUGGAAAUGAAGUGGACUGUCUGUAAAUUUGGUGGUUGUGAGCAAUUUCAGUGGGUGCUUUAGAUUAAUUGGGAGAAAAAACUAGGUUGACUAGGGAUCACAUUAACUUCUUUGUGUCAGAAUUAAUCCUGGGAUUUAUACGAUGAGGUUAAGUUAUUUUUGGCUUUGACA